GUCGAGGCCAGUUUCUAGUAUAAAAAGGAGGGUGCUUUAAUUAUCUGUAUCACUUGAAGUGAAGUUCUCAUUACAGUGAAAACAAUCAUGAUUAAGACUGUAUUGGUAAUUUGCGUGGCCGUGGCUGCCGUCAAUGCUGGGCUAUCAGCUCACAUCGUUGGUCCACCGACCAAGGGAAUUGUCAUCACUGGACCCUCUGCUAAGGGUUCAGUCGUCGGUCCCGAUGGAAGCCACAUCUCCGCCGUCAUCCCCGGUGCUCAAGUGAUCGCUCAUCCAAAACCAGGUGGUGCUAUUGUCGCAGCCGUCGUGCCAGGACAUGUCGCCGGACACGGAGUUUGGGGUGGAUGGGGUGGAGCCGGUUGGGCCGGUCCAGGAGCUUGGGGUGGUCCAGGUGCUUGGGGACAUUGGGAUGAUGGACACUACGGUGGACACUGGUAAUUUCUGAACACAUCUCGAGGAACACGUAAACAACAAAGCAAAAUAAAAAUAAACUCCUGGUUUUAACAAA